AUGGCGAGUGCUUUGAUUGCCCUCGACCGUUUUUCACUUCAUCCCAGCAUGAUUGAGGCGACCCUCUUCCUAAAGUGCAACCGCAGCUACUGGGACGUAUUGACUGUCCACGAAACGCUUGAGUAUUUUCAUGCAUCGCAUUUGCGGACAGCAGCCCCGGUGGUCACGAGCGCUAGUUCCAUCAGGUCGCCGGACGCGACCAGCGCCCCGCCAUCCACGUCGAUACUCCAACAACUCACGGCCAAGUUGCGCGGGGACCCGGUGUGA